AAAAGACCGUUCGGUUAGUUUCGAAGUUUAUAUUUUUAAAUGCUAUAAAGCUUCCGCCAGGUGGCGUAACGUGACUUCCUUUUAUCCACAUCAUCACAGACUUUCAACAUGCCAGCACCAGCAAGUUCCACUUCAGUAGGAGCAGGGCGUAGUCCGUCCUCUAAAUCUGUCAGUCCUCGAUCCGGUGGCGGGUCAACAGUCAGACAGAGGAAAACCCCAUCUUCAGGUGGUGCCAAAAAAGCAGUAGCAGGUGGUGGCAGUGGUGCUGGAAUGUGGAGAUUCUACACAGAAGACUCACCUGGAAUUAAAGUAGGCCCAGUUCCAGUUCUUGUAAUGAGCUUGAUAUUCAUUGCCUCUGUGUUCAUGUUACACAUAUGGGGAAAAUACACGAGGGGUUGAAGGCCAAACAGAAAUAAACAACAACAAGAAAUUAUUCAGCAAGUAAAACAUUUCCAGGGAGUUAUGUCAUUGACUGCAUCAUGUUUUUGAAAAAAAUGGAAUAAUACAAACUCAAGAUACAUUUCAUGCAUUAUUUUUUUUUUUAGGAACGUUGUUUUUUCUUCAUAUUUGAAAAUCGGGAUAUACCGGUAUAUAUUUAUAUAUACAAUGUAUAUCUUGUUGAAAAAUGACAUUGUUGUAAAUUAUUGUUUUCUUUGACGUUUUGUGAAAGAGCAAUGUGAGUAUGUGAGAUAAUUGUGUAGAAAAUAAAGAUUUUAUACCAUAAUU